UUAUAAACGCGGGCAUAAAAUAUAAGUAUAUAAAUUAAUUAUGAAGUGUCAGUAGCAUUUAGCUUAAAACAGUAAUGAAUUUUUGCAUUAAUCAUUAAAGUUUAUGACCUCCUUUAAGAUAGGUGCCAUGGCAGAACCAAAAGUGUUCAUCAACGAUCAAAAUUUCAUAAAUCAAAUGACCACCGAGUCGCCGUUAACAGAAAAUGUGAUGAAUUCGGAGACAGAUACACUUACACAAGCACAAGAUCUGAUGAUUGAUCAGUUACUCUCUGAUUCAAAUGAAAACUUAGAGAAUCAAAAAGAUGCAGCAAAAGAUUUGUAUACAAAUUCUACAGAAGAGCAGCACGUUGAAAGCCCAACAACAAGGGAGAGCUUUACUUUUAAAUGUGUGUUUUGUGACCGAGUAUUAAAUGCUAACGAUGAUCCCAAAUUAUUGGAAUGUCUUCAUAACUCUUGUUCCAGUUGCAUUAAUAGUAAACUCUAUGAGCAUAACGAUGGAAUGGCAAGGGGGCAAAUCGAAUGUCCCUUAUGUGGGAUUGUGUGCGACCCCAAUCGUAUUAUAGAGAAUCAGUUCCUUCUAGAACUCUCGACUAAUGAAGACACAUCAAAGAGUGCUGAUAUGAAAUGUAGCAGCUGCAGCGAUGAUGCAGUCGCUAGUAGCUAUUGUACUGACUGCUCAGAAUUUAUUUGUGAUAAUUGUGUGCAAGCUCAUCAGAGGUUAAAAAUUACUAAAGACCACACGAUUAAGGCAAAAGAGGACGGCUUAAUGGAACUUCAGGGUGUGUCAAAUGGCGCUCCUGCUAACUUAUUCUGUUUGAACCAUCCGCAUGAGAAAUUGUCCCUUUUUUGCGAAACUUGCGACAAAUUAACUUGUCGUGACUGUCAGUUAAUAGAACACCGUGAACAUAAAUACAAGUUCACUAAUGAGAUAGCAUCGGAGGCAAAAAAGUUUAUAGCCGAGAUGUUAAAGGAUGUCGGUUAUAAAAGAACAUUAUUGACAAGUGCAAUGAAAGUAAUAGAUGAUAGGCAGAAUCUAAUUACAGAGAAGAAACAGGCGUUAGUAAAAGAAAUCACUCAGCUAGUGGUCAAAUUGACUAACACUAUUAAUGUCCGAGGGAAGCAACUUGUUGCUAAGUUGACGGAAGUUUGCGAAUCUAAACAGAAAACUCUCCAAGAAAAAAAGCUGGCAUUGGAACAGCUCUCUAAAAUGACGGACCACUGUAUAGAAUUUACACAGCACGCCCUUGAAAAUGGCAGCGAUAUGGCACUGUUAUACAGUAAAAAGCAAGUCACUGACCAUUUGAAAAGAAUUAAGUGUAAACGUGCCGAUAUUCCAAAUCCAGAGAUUCCUGUUCGAAUCCACCUGGCUUUGGACAAGGUUCCCGAUUUAAUCAAAGUUAUGUCGACAAUCGGACAGAUCGUUGUGGACGGGAGAAUAUAUCCGUCUCAAGUUUCUUCUCCCGCUUCAUCCCUCCCUCCGCAGGGUUCCCCGAGUCCAGGGCACGGAACCGGAAGGCCUCCCCAACAACCUUCGCCAAUGAGCCCUCUGCACCAACUCCCUUCUCCAUCUGGCUUUCAACCGUCUAGAAUUCCAGGACCACCGCCAUAUUCCCAAUACCAGAACAAUAAUCAGUACCAACAGGGAAUGAGCAAUUCGUCGCAGAAUAUGGGCCCGCAAGCAAUCGGCCCUAGUAUGUCCCAAAAUGCCGGUCAAAACAUGGGACAGAACAUGCAAGGAAUGAAUCAGAAUAUCAAUCAAGGGGUAGGGCAAAACAUUGGACAGCCCAUGGUUCAAAAUAUGGGUCAGAAUAGAAUUCAGAACAUGGGCCCGCCCGCAAUGAAUAAUAUUCCUCAAGCCAUACCGAUUUCUUUGGCUCAACAGUUGAGCAUGAAUAGAAUGCAGAGACCUCAAUUGCAGAGACCGUUAUUACCUAGGCUGCCAAUGGGUCUGAACCAGCAACAGCAGCAGGUGUCCUCUUCGACUCACCCUCAAGGAAUGUUACACGAUCGCAGCAAUCUGCGACACCUCCUGCAGCCGAAUAACAGUAACAGCGGCACUAACAACCCCGUUUAUAUCCAAACGGGGCCCGGACAGUACCAGGCUGUUCAGCCGCACCUGGCCCAACAAUUCCAAAACAGGUUCCCGAACCAGCAGCAGAUCAGGUUCGGUCCUCAGCCUACCCAGAUGAGAAUGUUGGUUCCGAAUCAACAAAGUAGGAUGCCCAUGCAACAGAGGCCGCCUCAGUAUCCAUCUAGCGGCGGCGGAGCCAAGUGGCACAUUCCGCAGCAGAGUUCUACAGUUUCUAUAAGCAAUGGCAACAAUAGAAACAUGACUCUUCCAACAAUAAAUGACAACUUCAAAAUAACUCUCCGCCAACAAACUCAAUCUGAAUCCAAUAAAAAUCUUCCCGCCACCGUUACUUCCACCAUUCCCAAAACACCAAGUCCCAAUCACAUACAAGGAAGAUCGGACACUGAAAAUUUGGAUAAAUUCUGUGAAGACUCCGUCAAAGACCUGAUGGCUACGAUUGCCAAGUUGGAUUCUAACGGUGUCCAGGUGCUGGCUGAAGGAAGGCAGAAGGGGGGCUCCCCGCACGUCGAUAGCUCAACGGGUGAUUCCGGGCCGGCCACCAAGAUCAAAUCCGAAUUGUCGGAGACGAGUAAGGACGAUCCCAACGAGGACUGGUGCGCUGUGUGCAUGGACGGCGGAGAGCUGGUCUGUUGCGACAAGUGCCCCAAGGUGUUUCAUCAAUAUUGCCAUAUUCCCAAUUUGAGUGUCGAAGAAAACGACACAUGGCAGUGUCUGCUCUGCAUGAACUUUGCCGAUAUACCAGAAAGUAUUCUAGCGGAAAAGAAAGAUGGCGAACUGAGCUUGAAAGAGAGGAAAAUUGCUGAAAGGCUCGUUCUAGAGCUAUAUUGUCAGUACGACCCUAGUUUGCCAUUUAGGGAGGUUAUUGGACCAGAAAACGUCGACUAUCAUUCUAUUAUAAAGCAACCGAUCGCGUUGGAUACAAUUCGUCAAAAACUAAAUUGGAACACACAGAAUCACUACAGAAACAUGGAGGAAUUGGUUAGGGAUGUACGACUGAUGUUCAAAAACGCGUACACGUAUAACCCGGAGGAUUCCCAAAUCUACAUUGACGCUAAGACUUUGGAAAAGUUCUUUGACGAGCAACUCGAAAAAUUCCUACCCGAGUAUGCAUACGAGAACUUCGACGACGACGAUAUCAGACCUCCAAACAGGAAAUAUCGGAGGAUAAUGACCGACUGACAAAUUGUCCACGGGGCGAAUAAUACCAUUUAUUUCUCCCUAUAGUUACAAAUUCAAAUAAUCUUACGCGUUUGUUCAGAAAGAAACGUGAGGAUUUGGAAAAAAGUCGGAACAUUUUCUUUCAGGUGCGCGUCUUGAUUCCUCAAAAAAAAUUGCCUGUAUCCUGUAUAGCAAUACGCUUGGAGCGUCCCUUCAUAACUGAUCCCCAAGAAACUUUAGUAUCCGAAAAGGUUCGUUAGCAGGUAAGCUGUGUCCGUUAUUUUCUCUGAUUACAAAUAUCCGUUGUUUCGAACUUGAUUGGCAAGUGUGUUCCUUGCUUAAUGUUCCAUCUGUUGCGACUAUUUAAAAAACUUAUGACUUUGUUCGGACGGCACCUGAUAUUUAUUGUUUUUUAUAAAAAUCUCUUAGGUUAUUUAUUAGAUUAUUUUAUUAUUAUAUGUUGUUAUGUCAUGUUUUAAUGAUGUUGGCGUUUUUUUAGCAAUUUUUUAGUUAGUGAGUAGUAUAGGGCGGAUUUAUAAAAGAAACGCAAAAUGCGCUAGUAGACACUAGAGAUUUAAAAUGGACCUGUAUAUAUAGAAUUAAAAGUAAUUAGGCUUAGUCAAAAAUUCGUCAGAAUUAAUGUAGGUUAAACCACCACUUGUCUGGCCCUGAUGGGGUUAGCCUGGUGUCGGUCUUAUUAAAUUAAUAAGUCGGUUAAUAUAUGCUGAACGUUGGACAAUCAAGGGUUGAUUAAACGAAAGUUAUAUAUAUAUCUACAUUUUUAAUUAAUUAUUGCCUAUUAUAAUAAAAGUUGAUAUUACAAAUUAAUUUUUUUAAUAUUAU